GGCAUUUGAAAGCUUUAAACGCCGGCUGGUCUGGCAGUGAAUGUGGUAUAUCGGGUUGCUAUUGUUUUCGCGUUUUGGCACAGAAACUGCAUCCAGCGUGGACGUGACUGGCAAGAGGAAAUAUUUGAUCCAAGCGAGUUCCAGAUCUCGCUCCCAAGCCCCCAGUUUCCAGCUGCAAUCCAUCAAGCUUUGUUCAAGUUCAGUGACGCCCCACUUGCCGAUCGAUCGAGUCGUGUUGCUGCCUUUAAGUCCUCAAUAUGGGUAUUGAAAAAAUGCUGCCCUGCACCCUCCGGCUUAACAAGCUAGUGAGCCGGACCAACAGCGAUUGCCUCUGCAUCAUUGACCGCGAUGCGGUGCCCAGUGAAUUGAAGGAUACCUUCGAGGAACAUCGCUGCUUCGACAAGUCCUUUGACAGCAGCAUCUCUUGCUUCAAGGCUGCCAAUAUCGACCAGCCCGUCGUGUAUGCUCCGGUUCCGGAACUGACUGACUACGAUGAUGUUAGGAGUUACCAGGAGGCAGCCAAAAAGUCAAUGCAAAAGGCACUAAAGGCUGGAUUCCAAACUCCCUUGUUGUUUGUCCCUAAGGUGAAACGCUUUCCUCAGGUAGAGCUUUGCACUGUCCUCGGUGCCUUGGAGCAACUUUAUGUGCCUAUUCAAUUGCGUGAGGCUGGAGCUUCCAAGCAGCCCCGCGUGACCACCCUCAGUCUUCAAAUUGACGACCCCAAGGCUGACGAGAUCCUCAAAGAAGCCCUGAUCCUGGAGGCAGGUCGCUUCGUGGCUCGCGAUAUCGGGGUAGGAGAUCCCGAGCGCAUGACCCCCAUCCAGGUGGAGAAGUACCUCAAACCCCUGUUUGAUAAACUGACUGUGAACGUGGUCAGUGAUUCGAAAGUCCUGCAGAAGGAGUAUCCUCUCUUCGCUGCUGUUAAUCGUGCAUCAGAUGUCGUGGAGCGCCAUCGUGGCCGCAUCAUCUUUUUGGAGUACAAGCCGACCACAAAACCGGCGAAGAAGACCCUGUUGCUGGUCGGCAAGGGUGUGACCUACGACACCGGUGGUGCUGAUAUCAAGGCCGGUGGUGUGAUGGCCGGUAUGUCCCGGGACAAGUGUGGAGCUGCCGCUGUCGCCGGUUUUAUGCAGGUGGUGAACGAGCUCCAGCCAGCCGAUAUUCAUGUGGUGGGCGCACUCUGCAUGGUUCGCAAUAACGUGGGUGAGGAGUGCUAUGUGGCCGACGAGAUUAUCACCGCUCGCUCUGGACUACAUGUCCGGGUCGGUAACACGGACGCCGAAGGCAGGAUGUGCAUGACGGAUGCUCUUUGCCGUAUGAAGGAAAUGGUCCUUGAACAGAAUCUUCCCGAUCCCCACAUUUUCACCAUUGCCACUUUGACGGGUCAUGCCUUCAUUUCCGCCGGCGAGGGUCAGUCGAUUGCCAUCGACAAUAGCGUGGCUCAACGCGAGGAUCACGCCAGGAAGUUGCAGGCUGCUGGCCAGGCCUUUGGCGAACCUUUCGAGGUCUCCAUUCUGCGUCCCAGUGAUUUUGCCUUCAAUGCCGGUCGUGUGAUUGGCGAGGAUCUGGUGCAGGCCAAUAACGCCCCAUCGGUGAAGACGCCUCGCGGCCACCAAGUGCCAGCUGCAUUUAUGAUCGUGGCUUCGGGAUUGGACAAACAUGGCCUGGACUCCAAGACACCCAUCAAGUAUACCCAUAUCGAUAUUGCUGGCAGUGCUGGUGAGCAUCCCGCCAUGCCCACGGCUGCUCCUUUGAUUUCCCUCGUGAAGACCCAUCUGAGUAACUAAUUUACAAAAAAAGCAAUACCGUCUGUACUUAGACAAAAUUAUACAAGCUUAACCAACAAUAUUAUUAUUCUGUCCACUCCUGUCAUCACCUUGCUUAAAAAUAAAUAAAUGCAACUGAAAGAUUUA